AUGCGCGGCUGCCAGUGGCUCGCGCUGCUCUGCGCUCUGCCCUGGCUCCUGCGGGCGGCCGCGAAGCCCCGCAUGCCAGCCAGAGACCCUGCCAGAGGCGCGGACUUCGAUCACGUCUACAGUGGGGUGGUGAGCCUCAGCACCGAGAACAUCUACUCCUUCAACUACACCAGCCAGCCCGGCCAGGUGACCGCCGUGCGGGUGCACGUGAACAGUUCCUCUGAGAACCUCGACUACCCGGUCCUCGUUGUGGUUCGCCAGCAGAAAGAGGUGCUGUCCUGGCAGGUGCCUCUGCUCUUCCAAGGACUAUACCAGAGAAGCUACAACUACCAGGAAGUGAGCCGCACGUUAUGUCCCUCAGAAGCAACCAACGAGACAGGACCUUUGACACAACUGAUAUUUGUAGACGUGGCAUCCAUGGCACCACUCGGUGCUCACUACAAACUGCUGGUCACCAAGAUCAAGCACUUCCAGCUGCGGACGAAUGUUGCCUUUCACUUCACUGCCAGCCCCUCUCAACCUCAGUAUUUUCUAUACAAAUUUCCCCAAGAUGUGGAUUCAGUUAUUAUUACAGUGGUAUCCGAAAUGGCUUAUCCUUGUUCUGUGGUCUCGGUCCAGAAUAUCAUGUGUCCAGUGUAUGAUCUUGACCACAAUGUGGAAUUUAAUGGUGUCUAUCAGUCCAUGACCAAGAAAGCUGCUAUCACACUACAGAAAAAGGAUUUUCCAGGCAAGCAGUUCUUCGUGGUGUUUGUGAUAAAGCCUGAAGAUUAUGCCUGUGGAGGCUCAUUCUUCAUCCAGGAAAAGGAGAACCAGACGUGGAAUCUGCAACGAACAAAGAACCUUAAAGUGACCAUUGUCCCUUCUGUUAAAGAAUCCGUCUAUGUGAAAGCCAGUCUCUUCAGUGCCUUCAUCUUCUUAUCCUUCUACUUGGGAUGCCUGCUGGUUGUGUUCGUUCAUUACGUGAGGUUUCACAGGAAAUCCAUUGAUGGAAGCUUUGGUUCCAAUGAUGGCUCUGGAAAUAUGGCGGUGUCACAUCCCAUUGCUGCCAGCACACCUGAAGGGAGCAACUACGGGGCAAUAGAUGAGUCGAGCUCCAGUGCAGGGAGGCCAGCGUCCUCCUCCGACGGGCAGCCGGGCCAGUCUGACACAGACAGCUCCGUGGAUGAGAGUGACUUCGACACCAUGCCGGAUAUUGAGAGUGAUAAAAACAUCGUCCGGACCAAGAUGUUUCUGUACCUGUCAGAUCUGUCCAGGAAGGAUCGGAGAAUUGUCAGCAAAAAAUAUAAGAUUUAUUUUUGGAACAUCAUCACCAUCGCUGUGUUUUAUGCACUGCCUGUGAUCCAGCUGGUCAUCACCUACCAGACAGUGGUAAAUGUCACUGGCAACCAGGACAUCUGUUACUACAACUUCCUUUGUGCCCACCCCUUGGGCGUCCUGAGUGCCUUCAACAACAUCCUAAGUAACCUGGGCCACGUACUCCUGGGCUUCCUCUUCCUACUGAUAGUCCUGCGCCGGGACAUUCUCCAUCGAAGAGCCCUGGAAGCCAAGGACAUCUUUGCCAUGGAGUAUGGGAUUCCCAAACACUUUGGUCUCUUCUAUGCUAUGGGCAUCGCAUUGAUGAUGGAAGGAGUGCUCAGUGCCUGCUACCAUGUCUGCCCUAAUUACUCCAAUUUCCAGUUUGACACCUCCUUCAUGUACAUGAUUGCGGGCCUCUGCAUGCUGAAGCUUUACCAGACCCGCCACCCAGACAUCAACGCCAGUGCCUACUCUGCCUACGCCUCCUUCGCUGUGGUCAUCAUGCUCACCGUCCUCGGAGUGGUGUUUGGGAAGAACGAUGUAUGGUUCUGGGUUAUCUUCUCUGCCAUCCAUGUUCUUGCCUCUCUGGCCCUCAGCACACAGAUUUACUACAUGGGUCGUUUCAAGAUAGAUGUGUCUGACACAGCAGACCUGGGAAUUUUCCGACGGGCUGCCAUGGUGUUCUACACAGACUGUAUGCAGCAGUGUAGCCGGCCUCUGUACAUGGAUCGAAUGGUGUUGCUCGUCGUGGGGAACCUGGUUAACUGGUCCUUCGCCCUCUUUGGACUGAUCUACAGACCCAGGGACUUUGCAUCCUACAUGCUAGGCAUCUUCAUCUGCAACCUGCUGCUCUACCUGGCCUUCUACAUCAUCAUGAAGCUUCGCAGCUCGGAGAAGGUUCUCCCGUUGCCGCUCUUCUGCAUCGUGGCCACUGCUGUGGUGUGGGCAGCCGCCCUGUACUUUUUCUUCCAGAGUCUCAGCAGCUGGGAGGGGACCCCCGCCGAAUCCCGAGAGAAGAACCGCGAGUGCAUCCUGCUGGAUUUCUUUGAUGACCAUGACAUCUGGCACUUCCUCUCUGCCACGGCUCUGUUUUUCUCAUUCCUGGUUCUGUUAACCCUGGAUGAUGACCUGGAUGUGGUGCGAAGGGACAAGAUCCCUGUCUUCUGA